UAAGGCGCCAUCUGUUGUCGAAAUAUGGUAAUGAAAAUGAAAUCCGGGAAAAACAAAAAUUGAGAUUCUCCUGUAAGAAUUAUGACCGAAAGUUUAGAAGAUACAACUCUCUCUAUUGUUUUCAACCAGUUGCAGGAUGUUGUGAUUACACAGAAGAAAUUUAUGGACAGCCUUUGUUCCGAGGUGCAGACAAUGAGGAGCUCAUUUAUUGAACAGUCGGAAGUUGAUAGACUUCGACAAGAACUUGAGGAUGAAAGGAGAGAGCAUGAAAAGACGAAGGCCCUGCUAGAAAGCCAUUUGGACAAACUUCAGUAUGCUCUGGGGGAGAUAGAGAUCCUCACCACUCAGCUCACCAGAGAAAAGAAGCUCUUUGAAUCAUCGUUUGGGAGGAUCAGUGAGAGGGUGAAGAAGGAGUCAUCAAAGAGUCAACAGCUGGAAACAAAAUGCACAACUAUCAAAGCAGAGAAGGAGAAGCAAGAGGAGAUACUGGCCUUCAAAGACUCCAAGAUCUCGGAACUCAAGAAACGCCUGGCCAGCCAGAAAGAGAAUCAUCAGCGCCACCUGGAGGAGGUCAAUAUACAGAUGGAGCAGGAGGCUUACAUCAGUCGUAACCUAGCAACCAAGCAGGGCCAGGGGAGGGGUAGAACUCAGAGGAACAGCUCUUUGAGAUGACAUCACAUGAAGGAUCUUCUCAUUUUUACCCCCUAUCUGCUCGCUCAUGAAAGCGUAUGAUGCCUGAAUUUAGUCCAGGGGAAUACAGUGGUCUAACUGG